CCAUGACGUACAAUGCCAUUAGUCGAGACGCAUUGUGGGGACGUGAUAUUUUCGUUUAAUAAGUUAACUCAAAACGGUGUUUCUCAUUGGUAAACAGGAGAUCGUCUUUUUUCUGGUACAAUAUCAAAUUAUUAUUAUUAGAAAAUGUUGUAUAAAAAUGAUUGUCACACUGGGAGCUUUGCAUAUUCUUGCUAUUGCGAAGGGACACAAGAUGCUGAUCGUUUGGAACGGAUUGUUUCUUGGAGCUUUAAGCAUUCUGGAGUCAGGCGUGGCUGGGAUUAUACCUGACGAUGUUGGAGUUAGGGAACAUAUUAGACCGGCACAAAUCACGCAUCUACAUAACAUUUUUAGACGGGACGUAGGAUCAUUGCUCAAUCUGGGGACAGAAGUGGCCAAUAUGAGAAAAAUGGGCUGGAGCCGGGGGUUGCAAGAAAUGGCAAACAUUUGGACGUCCGACUGUGAUAAUAUGGAUAGACAUUAUGUAUAUGUAUCUAACAACGAAGACUUACAUAAACCAAAAUAUGGUGUUUCUCAAGAUGUAUCUAUUAAUAAAGAUGACGCUAGUAUUCUUCGUGGUUGGUUCCAACAGUCUCGAUUUUUCAAUAGGAAUCUAACGAAGUACGGGGAAUGCUACCUGGACAGUCCUUGUCCCGCUUUUAAGCAGAUGGUGUACUGGGAAAGCAACAGCGUUGGUUGUGCACGUAAUGUUUGUCGAAGAGAUGGAACCAUGGUCAACUUCUUUGCCUGCUUUUACACCCAUGGGGUGCCGAUACAACCCAUUGAGCUGUUCAAAGAAGGAAGGACUUGCUCAAGUUGUGAUGACGUCACUCCAUUUUGCAGUACACAGCUAUGCGUGGCUGCUGAAGAGCCGAAUGUAAAAACUUGUGAGAAAACGUGCAACUCCUCAGUUGGACGGGGGAUCCUGAAUCCAACAACAUGUGCGUGUACGUGCAGAUCGGGAAUGGGAUCAAACUGCGACAAGCCCUGUAAGAACAAGGAGGCAUACGAAGGUUCAGACAUAUGCGAUGAUAUAGAUGUUGCUUACUGCACGAUGGAAGAGACUAGAAAACUAUACAAACACAUUUGUCCCGCGUCGUGUGGAUUCUGCG